CUAACUACAGGAACGACUCCAGCACGCCAAAAUGAGGGUUGUGGAAGUUAUCAUAGACGUAUGCGACCCCUCUCUACACUAGGGAUAUAUGCUAACUGACUUUCAGGGCUUUAAAUCGUAUGCCGUACGAACGGUAAUCUCAGGAUGGUAAACAAAACAAAUCACCCACCAUUUGGCUGCAAGUUAACCCCCUCGCAGGGACGAAAGUUUCAAUUCCAUCACUGGUCUGAAUGGUAGUGGAAAAUCCAAUAUCCUCGACUCGAUAUGUUUUGUUCUGGGUAUCACGAAUAUGACUACUGUUCGCGCGCAAAACCUCCAGGUAUUUACUUGCUCCUUUUUCUCGGACUUGCGCCUGUUCUGAUUCUCUGCAGGAUCUUAUCUACAAACGUGGACAAGCCGGAGUCACAAAAGCGAGCGUAACGAUCGUCUUCGACAACCGCGAUAAGAAGAAGUCGCCCAUAGGUUUCGAGGAAUAUGCGCAAAUCAGUGUUACCAGACAGAUUGUGUUGGGAGGAACGAGUAAAUACCUGAUCAAUGGUCACCGAGCGCAGCAGCAAACCGUCCAGAAUCUCUUCCAGUCUGUACAGCUCAACAUCAACAACCCAAAUUUUCUGAUUAUGCAAGGUCGCAUUACAAAAGUAUUGAAUAUGAAGCCGGUCGAAAUCCUUGCGAUGAUUGAGGAGGCUGCCGGUACACGAAUGUUCGAAGACCGAAGAGACAAGGCAUUCAAGACCAUGGCAAAGAAGGAGAUGAAGGUCCAGGAAAUCACAGAAUUACUGCGUGACGAAAUUGAACCGAAACUGGAAAAGCUACGAACAGAAAAGAGAGCGUUUUUGGAUUUCCAGCAGACACAAAAUGACCUGGAGCGAUUGACCCGUGUGGUGGUAGCGCACGAUUAUGUCAAAAACCAGGAGAAACUCAAACAGUCAGCUGGAGACUUGGAACUAAAGAAGCAGAAGGCGAAAGAUCUGGAGGAUAAUGCAGUACGACUGAAGAACGAAAUUGAGAAUCUCGCCGAAGAUGUGAAGAGAGUGAAGGCGCAGCGAGACAUGGAGCUGAAGAAAGGUGGCAAGGCGCAAGCACUAGAAGAGGAGGUCAAAAAACACUCCAAUGAAAUUGUUCGACUUUCAACUGUAAUGGACCUCAAGAAAUCAAGUAUGGCCGAGGAGAAGGAGCGGAAAUCCACUAUCCAAAAGACUGUUUCCGAACUCGAGACCGCAUUGAAGCAGAAAACCAAGAUUCUCGAGAAAAUACAAGCACAGUACGACAAGGCGAAGGAGGACUUGGAGAAGCAAAACCUGGAGGCGGAGACCAAAGAGGAAUUGCUCCAAACUCUACAGACCGGUGUCGCUUCCAAAGAAGGCCAGGAAAGUGGUUACCAAGGACAACUCCAAGACGCAAGGAACCGAGCAAGUGCAGCAUCAACAGAACAGGAGCAGGCGAAGCUCAAGGCAUCGCAUCUCGAAAAACGCAUCAAGGAAGAAGAGCCUAGAGCUAAGAAAGCAAAAGAGCAAAAUGCAGGACUGUUGAAUGAUCUUGAAGGUCUACGGUCCCAAGCCCAAAAGUUUGAAAAGGAGCUUGGGAAACUCGGAUUUGAGCCUGACCAGGAGGAUGAAAUGUACAAACAGGAGAGCACUCUCCAGCAGACUAUUCGACACCUUCGGGAACAGUCAGAUGUUCUUAAGCGAAAAGUGGCAAACAUCGAUUUCAACUACACCGAUCCAUCACCUAAAUUUGAUCGUUCCAAGGUCAAAGGAUUGGUAGCUUCUCUUUUUACCUUGGACAAAGACCGGACCGAUGCAGGAACUGCUUUGGAAAUUUGUGCUGGCGGUCGGUUAUACAAUGUCGUCGUUGAUACUGAAAUCACGGGCACACAACUUCUGCAGAAUGGAAAGCUCCGAAAACGAGUUACAAUUAUUCCUCUCAACAAAAUUGCAGCAUUCCGAGCAUCCGCAGAAAAGAUUGGUGCUGCACAGAGAAUUGCACCAGGGAAGGUGGAUCUUGCUCUCUCUUUGAUUGGCUACGACGAUGAGGUAUCAACAGCUAUGGACUAUGUCUUUGGCAAUACCUUGAUUUGUGCUGAUGCGGCAACUGCGAAGAGAGUGACGUUUGAUCCUGCCGUUCGUAUGAAGAGCAUCACUCUUGAGGGAGACUCCUAUGACCCCGCAGGAACUCUCUCUGGUGGUAGUUCGCCAAACUCAAGUGGUGUUUUGGUCACUCUUCAAAAACUGAACGAGUUGACUAGAGAACUUGGUGUCCAAGAGCGAACACUUGCGGAGCUUCACGCAACAAUGACUCGAGAGAAGAAGAAACUUGACCAAGCAAAGCAGAUUAAGCAAGAGUUGGACCUGAAAUCACACGAGAUUAAGCUUACCGAGGAGCAAAUUGGAGGCAAUUCAUCUUCUUCCAUCAUUCAGGAGGUGGAGAACAUGAAAGCAACAAUCAUUCAACUAAAGACUGAUCUGGCAGACGCGAAGAAACGUCAAGAUGAGGCCAACAAAGAUGUCAAACGUAUUGAGAAGGAUAUGAAGGAUUUUGACAACAACAAAGAUGGGAAACUGGUUGAGCUUCAAAGUUCGUUGGAUGCCUUACGAAAGACCCUCACCCAAAACUCCACUUCUGUAAAAGCUUUACAAAAAGAACUUCAGGGCGCUCGUCUUGAUUCUGAGCAGGUUGGAGGUGAUCUUGCCGCUGCUCAAGAACAACUUCAAGAUGUCGAGGUCACACUCAAGUCUCAAACAGAGGAGAUUGCAAGUCUAGUCACGGAGCAAAAGGAAGUCAAGGACGCUCAUGACAUCGCUUCAGCACAUCUUGAUGACGAAAGAGCAAAAUUGACAGGUUUCGACGACGAGCUUCAUUCUCUAGAACAAGCCUCUCGAUCCAAAUCCUCACGCAUCACUGAAGAAGGUCUUGAAAUUCAAAAAUUGGGUCACCAAAUCGAGAAAUUCCAUAAGGAACAACAAGGAGCCGUCCAGACGGUUGCUCACAUGGAGAAAGAACACGAAUGGAUUGCUGACGAAAAAGACAAUUUUGGACGUACUGGAACACCUUACGAUUUCAAAGGACAGAAUAUCGCCGAAUGCAAAGCCUCCCUCCGAAACUUGACAGAACGAUUUCAGGGGAUGAAGAAGAAGAUCAACCCCAAGGUCAUGAAUAUGAUAGAUUCCGUCGAGAAGAAGGAAGUCGCUCUCAAGAACAUGAUGAAGACUGUCAUCCGGGAUAAAAAGAAGAUUGAGGAGACGAUUGUCACCCUGGAUGAGUACAAGAAGAAGGCUCUUCAAGAGACUUGGGAAAAGGUGAAUGGUGAUUUUGGACAGAUCUUCGCGGAGUUGUUGCCGGGAAGUUAUUGUAAACUCGAAGCUCCAGAGGGAAAAACUAUUAAUGAAGGGUUAGAAGUGAAGGUACCUACUCCGCUCUCUCCCCUUUUCUCUACGAAGCUAACGAUCUCAGGUCUGCCUCGGAAAAAUUUGGAAGUCCUCUCUCACUGAACUUAGUGGUGGUCAAAGAUCCCUGGUCGCGCUGUCUCUCAUCAUGGCCCUCCUCCAAUUCAAACCAGCACCAAUGUACAUUCUUGACGAGGUGGAUGCUGCUCUUGAUUUGUCUCAUACGCAGAAUAUCGGACGCUUGAUCAAGACGCGAUUCAAGGGCAGUCAGUUCAUUGUCGUUAGUUUGAAGGAUGGGAUGUUCCAGAAUGCCAAUCGCAUUUUCAGAACGAGAUUCAGUGAAGGGACUAGUGUAGUUCAGGUGUUGACUGCUGCGGAUUUCAAGUAAAGAGAGGGAUGAAAGGGAAUGCGAUGAUGGAUUAUGUGUGUGGCUCCAGUUUUGCAUAGGUUGACUGGCAUAUUUCUAGGUUUGGUGUCUGGAGUAUGUGGGUUUGUUCCUUGCUUUAUGUUCGGGAACGGGUUUGGUUUGGUUUGGUUAGGUGACUUGCCUAGGUAUACCGUAAUGGUUGGGGCGUCCUAAUGAUUGUAUGAUUGUUUAUGAAACUUAUGUUGUCGAAUUUCACAUAGCAGUUGACAGUUUUGCGAUAUCAUUUGACUGUUUCGUUUUCACACAACUUUUAGGGGAUUGGUUGAUUUUACGUAUAUAUUGCACAUCUUGUUACUCUAAUCUUCG